ACUGGACUUUCGGUCAAUUCAAGCAGAAAGCCAGAAGUGAAUAUUCAUGAUGAAAUUCGUCUAUUGGUCAGUAAGAUCAGACGGUCCGCUCAUAAAAAAAGAACUUUUACUUGGGAAUGAGGAAUCGAUUCCAGAGCCUGGAGGUCCAGAGGUUCUUGUCCGUAUCAAGGCAUGUGGCCUCUCGGAUGUUGAUUCAGAGCUUCUACAGCCCUUGGGACAGACCAGACAGGAGGUACCAUGUGGGCUUCAAUUAGCCGGUAUUGUUACAAAAGUUGGGUCAUCAGCCACCAGGUUUAGCGUGGGGGACGAUGUCGUCGGGCUUCUCCCCAUGGAUACAUCCUCAUCUGGAUGUGCAGAAUAUUGCAUUGUCAAUGAGAAUUAUUUGGUGAUAAAACCCGAGAAGGUGAGCUACAGGGAUGCUGCUAGCUGUGUUGGUGAGGGGUUGAAAAUGUAUACUGCUCUGCGGUACCUUGGUCAUCUGCAUGGUGGAGAAACGAUUCUUAUCAUGGAUGGUGCCCGGCCUGCAGGCUAUAUUGGCAUUCAGUUAGCCCAGGGCUGGGGUGCGAAGGUCAUCACGACAGCAGCUUCAGAAGAAGAAAGAUCUUUCCUCGAGAAUAUGAAACCCGAACUCGCCCGUGUGAUAGACGCCAGUGGAAGUAAAAGGUUUGCCAUCCUUAAUGAAUGUUUAGAGGACACUGGUGGUCUAGGGGUAGAUUGCAUCCUGGAUAACGGAGGUAAGCAUUACACCUUUUUAGGUCUGUGGUUUCAGACUGCUUCGAAGUUCAUCAGAUCCAGGUAUUUUCUGAUCGGCAAAUUUACCAUGAUCAGAAAAUAGGAGGUUAUUUUUUCAAUGUGAAAGCAAGUUACGGAUAAUGUCCCCAAAAGAAAAUGCCCGCUAUAAAAUAGUAGGUACUUGUCAAAAUUUCUAGAACUUUAACAGGUACUUUUCCAAGGUGGCAGGUAUUUUGGCAGUGUGAAAGCAAAUUACGGGAACUUUUAGCCCAGCGUGUAGUUGGGUGUGGGCAGCUGCUGAGCUAGCGAUUUUGAAUCUCGUGCCUUGGUUGCUUAUCAAACCAUACUGCGCAUGCUCGUGACUUCAGGAACUUCUCCCCGAGGAUAUAUUUCGGGCAGUUUGAGUGCGGGAAUAAUAUACAGGUAUUUUUUAGCCUGAAAAAGUUCUUGUACAGGGAUUCUUGUUAUUGAGGCGGUUUGAAACCACCUCAUGUGACCUAGAUGUAGCGGCCACCCCAAACCAACAAUAAGUCAACCAAAAUGAAUAUUGAGUUUUUCAUUGAGCAUGAAAAGCACUCCCAAGCUUUAAAAUGAUAUCAAGUUCCCUCAUAAAGUAUUUGAUAGAAUACAGUAGACAUUCAGAAAGGGGUUCACUCAUGCGUAACAUAUGCACACUUUGCAAUUUUGGUGAAAACCUACAAUCAGGCCACACAAAAUGGUGUAAAAAGAAACUCUUAUAGUAUCUUUUGUUUAUUCAGAUUUGAAACUUCAAUCUUUUAAAGUAUGAAGAAGAAAAAUUGCUUGCCCCACCAAUGAAAAUAUUGGGGGUGGGGGCAAACAUCAUUUUGCCCCCCCCCCAAUAAUUCCGGAUGUGCAAAAAUAAAAUAAGAUUGUAAUGUUACACAGAAAUCGGCAAGCGAGAUUGAGAUACGCAACUCGUUCUUGCUCAAAAUGUCCGCUUUUCAGAUUGGAAUAUGAAAAUUAUCAGCUCGCACUCGCAUCAAUCAUUUCCUGAGUAUAAAUCCAUACAUUUCAUGAUUAAAUAUGUGAAUAGAAUGUCCCGUUUUCAGUUCUAAACUAUUAAGAACUCCUGCUUCGAUUUGCUAUAAUCUUUUGUUGGAUAUAUACAUGUACAUGUAUGUUGUUCUUUAUUAAAUUAAACUGUCAAAUUUUUUCAGAUCGAAACAUCAAAUUUUUUAGCUCUCGCGCUUCGCGCUCACAUCUAAUGUUCUUUUAGAUACCAAUCUUAUAAUUGGUACCCAAAAUGCUUUAAUAGAAUAUCAAGCUUUCAGGUCAGAAUGUAAAGAAAUUUCAGCUCGCUCUAGGCACUCGCAUUAUCUGUGUAGUGAGAUAAGUAUCCUCCUCAUGAGUUACUACAAACAGUCCUAAGCGGGUACCUUUUUCCUCUUUUCAGGUCAGUAUACUAAAAAAAAUUCAGCUCGCACUUCGCGCUCGCAUUAAUUUGUUGGUGAGACAAGUGUCCCUUUCUCAUGAGUCAUAUCUAUACACACACACUUAUACAUGUAUAUAGGCCUAUGUGUGUGUGUGGGUCAGUUUUUGUGUGUGUGUGAUUGAGCGCCUUUGGAACGUUGAUUCAUGAUUAUGCCCCCCCCCCCCCCAUCUGAGAAAUGGAUUGACGCCCCUGACAUGUACCUACAUGUUCAUGUGGGGGCGUCGUGGUCUAGUGGUUAUGACAAUCGUUUUUCAAUUUGAGGUACAUGGGUUCAAUUCCCAGCCAUGGCGUAUUUUCCUUCAUCAAGAAAUUUACCCACAUUGUGCUGCCCUCAACCCAGGUGAGGUGUAAAGUUACCCGAUAGGAAGAAAUUCCUUGAAUGCUAGAGUGCCUAUAGGCAGCACAGCAAUUAUAGCCAGGGUAAUAAUGAUAACAUUAUUGCAAUGCGCAGUUGAGUAAUUUUGCGCAAUAUAAAUGUACAAUUAUUAUUAUUACAUGCAAAAAAUGAAAAUUGUAUUAUUUGUACUUGUAAUAAAAUAAAAGAUGAACAAUGAGUGAGAAAUAUCACCAACUCGCUCAUUUGAUUAUCCCUGUGAUGUGCGUACAAGUAUGUACAUGUACCGAUAAGUUAUUAUUUUUUGUUUCAAGCAAAAUAAUUGAAAUAUCCUACAUUUCUUAUUUCACAUUAUUCAAAGAAAUUGUUACUGUUAUGUCAUUUGAUUUUGCUCUUUUCAAUUCAAAAGAUUAUUUUUUUUGAGAGGGGAAGGGGGGGUUUGACUAUACCCAUUAACUCUUUGUGCUGGGUCAUGAACCCCUGUGCUGAAUUAUUUUCAAGGAGGGAAAAAAUGGGUUGUUUGAACGUGAAAUGCGAAGUUCGGGCGGCACCGAGUGUCCAUUGGUGCGAGGUCUGUAUGAAAAGGGAUUUAGAAGUGCUUUUUCUUUGAUAAACAUGUAGUGUCACCUAAAAGCAUGACAGAAGUUGUAAAGUAUUUAUUUUCGCAGAUUUCCAGACGUACUGUAGUAUGAAAUCACAAUACAUACUAUGUAGCUGUAUGAGAAAUAAUUGCAUAAAAAUGCGUGGCUAAUGUGAAAAUGUGUGAAAGAGCACGACCUAGAUACAGUACAAGAGUCAGGAAUUUAAACCAGUGUCACAGUAAAUACAUGUGACUGAGGUUACGAUUGACUCUCACUGGGAAACUGAUUUAGGGAUCCGUAUUCAACCAUGAACGCAAACGUUGAGAGAACCAUGCAAUAUCCAUGAUGUACAUGUAUGCCGGGAAUGUGGUAUUUCUUGCAUAAAUAUGAGAGGAAAAUAAUCUUUUUGAUCCGAGAUAUUUGGUUACUUUGUGAUCCAUGUGCUCUCGGUCGUGAACACAAAAGUUGUGAGAAGCAUGUAGAAUUAUGCAAGGAAUGUGAAAAAGGUCUUUUGCCCUAUAAAAAUAUGAAGGGAAUAAUUCUUUUUGAUCCAUGAGUUAUUGGAUAAGUUAAUGAUGUCAUGUACAUGCUCAACUGUCAACACAAUUGUAUUGAGAAGCAUGUAAUUAUGCAAGGAAUGUGAGACAUGUCUUUUAAAAUCUCAAAGAAAACAUUUAUUUUGAUCCAAGA